UAAAUUCUUACGAGUAUCGUUUAGCGUCCUUGCUGAGGUUGGGCUUGCCCAUUCCACUUUCUGACUGGAUGACAACAUGCAACUGUGGUGCCUCCCUGGACAGCAGUGGGUACCAUCUGCUAACAUGCAAAACCGGUGGAGGGCCAGUUUGGUCGCACGAAUCGCUUGCAUCAGUCUGGUCUGAUUGCCUGCGGGAGCUGCACAUCCAUCAUCGAAGGGAACCGAGGCAUCGGUAUGCCAAUUCCAAUGACCGGCCAGACAUUGUAGCCUUCGACUCAGACUCUGGGUGCAAUGUGGAUCUGGACAUAGCUCUAGCACACCCAUGGAGCUCGGACAUCUUCCCUAGAUCUUCGGAAACAGAUGGCGCCGCUGCUGAGAGAAGAGAGGAGAGAAAAAAGUCAAAAUACGAGAAGGAUUGUCUACCAGGUGGAACUGCUGUCAGUCUCAUUCCUCUGGUUAUGGAGCAUUUUGGACGCUGGGGUGUCAUGGGAAGAAACUUCCUGCAGAAACUAGCAAAGAAAUCAUGUGACGAAAUUGGUAGACCAAACGCUGCAGAGUUCCUUGACUUUUGGCGAAAAAGAUUCUCCCUUCAGCUGCAAAAAUGCAAUGCCAAAGUCAUACUGAGGAAGAUGGCAAGCUUGUCAAGUGACACAAGUAGCGCUAAGUACUCAACCCAGUUCUUUAGCCACUAGGCUGACCUGGGUUAUCUUUUAAGUUAAGUUGUUACUGUUUUUUAGUGCUUUUUCCUGUGUACUGUAGCACCUAAAACAUUAUGUCAUUGCCUAGCACUCUUUGUAUGAUAGAUGAAUGUUUGAAAAUAUAUGUGAAAGACAGACAGAC